CCCCUUUGUUUGAUACAAAACUGAAAGUGACUGCAGACAUCAGAGAAUCAUGGAAGCUCAUUCUUCUUAUGGUAACAUAAUGGCUGUGGAUACCACUGGAGCUUUUCUUGAAACUGGAAAACAAGAAGGCUUGAGUUAUGGGGGAGUUGCAGCUUCAGAAAUAAUUGCGAAGAGAGAUCUAAACAAUCUAGAGAGAUAUAAAACGAAGAUUAAGCAUGUCAGUGAAAAGACAAAUAUUGAUGCAGCUGUGAUUGCUGCUAUAAUGUCUCGAGAAUCACAUGCUGGAACUGUCCUAGAAAAUGGUUGGGGUGACCAUGGAAAUGGAUUUGGAUUAAUGCAGGUGGAUAAAAGAUACCAUACACUAGUUGGCACCUGGGACAGUGAGGAACACAUUAAUCAGGCUACCCUCAUUCUCUGUAGCAUGAUACAGGAGAUUAAAAAAAAAUUUCCAUCAUGGACAAAGGAACAGCAACUCAAAGGUGGAAUUUCAGCCUACAAUGCAGGACCUAAAAAUGUCCAGAGCUACGAUAGAAUGGAUAUAGGCACUACAAAGAAUGACUAUGCCAAUGAUGUUGUUGCAAGAGCCAAGUUUUACAAAACAAGUGGAUAUUAAUAGUCUGAAACAAAUAUGCUAACAUUUUAUCCUUAUCCAAAUUUUGUAUGUAAUAUUAGCAAGAUCAUUCUACUUGGUUUAGCAGUCUAGGAAGAAAAACAAAGUUGUACCAACUUCUAUAGAAAAUAAGUCUAUACUGUAUUGCUGUUUCAUGGAUGCAAUAAAACUGCUUGCAUUCCUGUUAUGGGACUCUUUUUCCCACUCUUGGUUCCACCACACUAUUAUAUCCACGUAAUAUGACUUCUGUCAUCUGUAGACACACACUUGGGCAUAGGAGUUUAUAUUCCAAGAGUUUCUAAACCAAGCUGGAAAGCCUGAAAUGCCUGGUUUUAAAGGACUGGGCAUUAACAGAAAUCCAGCGGGAAUCUGCUUUUUGGACAGUCAAAAGGGACUGACUUCUCCAUGGAGUCACUAUGUGUGGUAUUUGGCAUCAUUUAUCAACUCACACAGACAUCACUAUAAGCUGGCUGCAACCCUUUUACAUUCUCACUUGUCUAAUGUUACUCCCCUCCUUUGAAGUCCAAACAAAUUGCAUCUACAAACCCUGUGAGCCCAGAACAUUAUACUGUGAAUGUAAUUAAAGUUUCUGAAAGUUAAGUUGGCAUCAGAAACAUACUAUUACCUUGUUGAAGAAAAUUGCUCAGAUUAUCUUGGGUUGGAAAAUAGAAUCAGGCAGAAAUCCAAAGCAACUGUUGUAGUAAUAGGUAAUUUCCAUUAUCUCACAUAGACUGGGUAAAUGUAUAUUCGAGACAUAAUAGUUAUUUCUGUGACAUGAUGUGAUUAUGUGAUCAAUCAAUCAUUAUUUCCAGGUACUGCAAAAUUCACAGAACUAACAUGUGAGCGGACGAAAAGACUUUAAUCCAAGGUGGUACACUAGAUCUUAAGAUUUGAGUAAUGAAUUAGAAAUGUGAUACAUUAUUUCUGGACUACUUCACUGUGUAUGUACUGUGAAAAAACAAGGAAGUGCAGGCCAGAAAAUAUGUGCCAUCAGCUUCUAAACAGACCUUAAUUCAUGCUUUAAUUUUAAUAUUUUAAAAGCUGUACGUAUGGAUUUCUGGCAGAGAAACAGUAUAUAAAUUGUCCAGAAAGCAAUCACAUUCAUUUUUCCUGUAAGAGAAGAAAAGUUCUACAAAAUUAUACUAAUGAAAAGGGAGGUGAAAUGAAUGUCAGGGGAAUUAAAUCUCUUUAAACAUAGGAGGAUUUUCCAAACAAAACAAUUCAGCUGAAAUGUGCACUGAUCAAAAAUGGGGCAAGUAAGACUCGGUGCAUGCCAGGGUACAAGAACAAGACCAACACCCAUAUACAGUAUUUAAGAAGGCUUCCUUCAGAAAAUGGACUUCCUUCCCCAAGAAAGAAAGGGGGAAAAAUAUAAGGGCAUAUCUGAAAAUUCAUUAAUGAAUUGAAUGUUAUUUAAAUAAACCAGAAAUUGGAAAACUAUUAGGGAGGCAACUAGACCAUUAAGUGAUAAGGAAACUAAAAGAUGUGCUAAACAAGGACCAAACACCACAGAAAAGCUACAAGAAUUCUUUACAACUUUCUUCACUGUGGAAGAUACACAGUAGAAAUGUAUAAUGGUAUUAACAUUUUCAGGAUGGAAUACUGUAAAGAUAUAGUAUCAAAAUGCAACAUUUAUAGUGGGUUUGUAUGUGUAAUAAUUAAAAUUAUACACACAUGAACCCACUAUGUGGGUAAAAAUUAUGCAGAGCUGGAAAACGUCGCAGAAAAGGAAAAAAAAAUUACUAAGGCCUAGAGUGCCUCCUGAUAAAGUGUACAUCCGUGGCUUUUUAGCUCAAAAGAUGAGUGGGGAAUGGGGGAGAGGUAUAUAAAAGUACGCACAGUGUAGAGAGGGUAAUCAUAGAUAACAUUUUUCUCCUUUAGUAUGGAGGAACCUGGGCUCACCCAGAGUUUAAGACAAAAGGAAAACACACAGCACAGCAUAUAGUUCAAUUAUGAAAUUUGAUAAUGAAAGAUA